UAGCGCGUGUCGAGUGAAGACAUUGCGCGGGUGUCAGUCCUCCAUACUACACGCCAGUUGUUACGUAAAUCUUUGCAACCGCGGUUAAAACUCGAAGUGUUUUAACAUCAAAUACUCAAUGUCAAAGAAAAUUAUUUAUUUUAUUUCGUAUUAAUAGUGACUGUUGCUCUUUAAGAUCAAAAUGAUCACCAGAAAACUAUGUAUUUUAUUUUUGGCGGCUAUUGUUUCUCAAUCUGGGAGCUCUGAAGAUGGUAUUAGAAGAAAACGCGUGCGUGCAGACAGUGCUGCCGUGAGAGAGCCGCCUCAAGCAUUAGAUGCUCCCGAGCCAGAAGUCAAAACCGCAUCAGCACCUAGUUCUUUUCUCAGCCCCUCAGUUAAAGAGUACCUUGAACUUGGAAUGGCCAUACCUGGAAAACCGGGAAUUGAUUAUCCGUUGCUAGGCGCAGUGCCCUAUACAAACUUCUAUUGUGAUGAACAAGCAUACCCCGGCUUCUUUGCUGAUAUGGAUACACGGUGCCAAGCGUGGCACUACUGCGAUAUAGAUGGGCGGCAGGCGUCCUUUCUCUGUCCUAACGGGACGGUGUUUUCACAAGGUGUCGCAUCUUGUGAUUGGUGGUUCAACGUGAGAUGUGCCCUCUCUCCAGCUCUCUACCCUCUCAAUGCCCGACUCUACAGACGCAGGAAAAAGCAAAGAAAACCUAAACCGCACAGAGUGAUUGACAAGAAGCUUAUUGAUGAAAUAUUUAUAUAAGUCUAGUCAUAGUUCGUUUAGUUGUAAAAAAUUAAAUAUAAUUAAACUGGUGUUUUAUUUGAAAAAAUAAAUAAAAUCAUAAUUAAUUUGAUUGAUUAUGAUCUCGAUGAUUUUGUGGUUCAUACAUAAGAACGCUUUCUAGUAUCUAAAUAGCUCUGGAAGGUGAGAAUAUAUGAUAGCAUUGUUGCGUUCGUCUGUGAUUUGAACGGAUAAAAGAAAAUAACAUAUGUCGCGUAUCUGACUUAGUGUUGACCAAUCGGAAUCGAACGUUCUCUCUUUAAAUCCAAACUGCGGGGCCUUUGUCGGGACUGAUACUAAACACAUCCCUGAAACUAAGUCGUCCUUAUUAUAAAAACGCAUUAAAGCUAGUACCAAUUUGUUCCCCUUUAUUUUGCAAAGAAAUAAUAUCGUAAUCAUGAUAAAGAAUACGGUAAAUAAUCCAUGUUUCCUAAGGUCGAAGAAGUUUUAUUACACUGUUUUAACUGAUGUACUGGUUGGUUUUUACUUAGAUGAAAUGCAAUAUUAAGUUCCGAAGCAAUAUUUUUUCGAUUUCAACGAUUUUCGUACAAUGUAAUUCCAAGUUAUACUUAUGCCAAUAAUUUUUUUAUGCGCAA